AUGUUCUGCACCAUGGCGAGUCCUGGCGAGUCUGACGGGUGCUUGUCCAUUUUAUCGUCCUGCUUCAAGAAAUCGCGUAAAGGCCUACCGGCAGCCCCAAAUUCCACAAGCCAGACAGUUGCCAUAGCACCAUCUGCGCCUACAGCGACCCAGUCGUCCACGCAAAAUCGAACUCCUGACAAGUUACCUACUUCGUCGAACCACCUUGCCAAAGCUCCGGCUUCGUCGCCCGCCGGAUCGCAUGUUUCACCAUCUCAAAGAGUUGAACAUGCUCCAACUUCCCACUCUACCGAUGACCAAAAGUCGAACACAAUCGAUAGUCCAACGAAGACGGUCAGUCUAUGGCAAGAAGCCUAUGGCAAGGUCGACCCGAAAACACGAACCUGGAUCGAUGAAGCCCUGUCAGAUACCGCUGCUGGGGACCCGACCAAGGAGCUGGUGGAUCUAGUCCGUCGCGCAGAGGAGACACAUCUAGAAAAAACUCUGAAACUAAAGGUCGGCGACCGUGAGGUACUAUGGAGGGAUUAUACAAACAGGGUCAUCUCUGCGGUUACUGCAAUCGGAGACAUUGCAGUCAACUUCGCGCCUCCGCCAUCUGCAACUUUCUGGUCGGCGGUUAGAGUGCUUUUGAAGGCCAAUGUGACGCAAUGCGAAGACCUUGUGGCCAUCAUGGGGUGCACAGAUAUGGUUCUUUGCAUUGUGAGGCGCGGCAGAGUUUAUGAAGAAGUAUACUUCAGCGGCGCCUCUCAGUCAGCAGACCAAGAGGGUCUGCAGCAAACGCUAAUUAAGGCGUACAAGAGCUGCUUGGAGUUUCUCGCUCUCGUGGACGAAAGUUUACGAAAGGGACAUUUGGGUCGAUUUUUCGUUGCGCUCGUGAAACCUGGCCAGGGAGAGGGACGAGUAGCAGAAGUACGAUCCCUUGAGGAGUAUAUAUGGCUAGCAGCACAGACUUGCGAUGCUAAAGCAGGCUUCGAGCAUCAAAAACUACUGCGCAGUCUAGAGAGACCACUAAAGCGCGUCGACGAUGGCGUUCUAGCGGUACUUACGACUCUUGAAAAGAAUGAGCGGAAAAGGGCCAUGAAGUACAUCAGCGAAGUUCCAGUCGGGGCCCACCACAAUGAUAAAAUGGAGAAAAGAACAGAAGGCACUUGCGAGUGGUUGGUGAGCCAUGAUGAUUUUCACCAAUGGGAAGAAUCGGCGUGUUCUUCUGUACUUUGGUUGCAAGGUAACAUCGGUACAGGGAAAUCGUUUCUUUCUUCUAAAGUAAUCGAUCGCUAUUUGGACGGUGAUCAAACCACCAAUCAUUCACACGGUGAUCAUGACGAAGGGUUCGCCUUUUUUUAUUGUGACAGAGGUGAUCCAACUCGGCGGAGCUUUCGCUACAUUCUGCGAAGCUAUAUCCGACAACUCAGCGAGAUACCUCGCCGGCCCGACAAAGUCCACGAGGCUUCGUACUCUCUUUACAACAAGAUGACCCAAAUCCAGAACGACAUAAGCAUGAAAGAAUGCGAGAUCGCGUUACUCCAGAUGAUCAACAGUUACCCCCGAACAACCUUGGUGCUGGACGCCUUGGAUGAGUACAAGUAA